AUGUCAACCCCAGCUCCCAUUCGAAUCGCGGCGGCUUCGGGCGCUACAACCGACCGUCGUCCUGCACUUUUUGAUAUUGUGCAGCAUGACGAGCCGCAAUACAUUGUCGGCGACUGGCUGUCAGAGAUGAACAUGACAACAAGAGCUGCUGGCAAGCUGAAUGGCUCCCUAGAUGAAUACGAGCACUGCUUCUUGGAGGCUCUCGAACCCGCACUUGAGCAGAUCCAGUCAAAGAAGAUUAAGGUUGCUGCUAAUGCCGGUGCCAGUGACACCAAGGCACUACACGAUGCCCUCGUGAGCUUGAUCAAGGAAAAGGGACUGAGCCUUAAAGUCGCCUGGAUUGGUGGAGAUGAAGUGAUCGAUCAGGUUCGGGAACUGGCUAAGAAGGGGGAGAAACUGAAGAGCUUGACCACUGGUCAGGAUCUUUCCCAAUGGGGCUACGAGCCCAUCUAUGCGCAGUGCUACCUAGGAUCCUGGGGAAUUGUCGAAGCAUUCAAGAAUGGAGCCGAUAUUGUUAUUUGCGGUCGUGUCGCGGACGCCUCUACGAUUAUCGCCUGUGCCGCUUUCCACUGGGGCUGGGCUCGGGAUUCUUACCACGAGCUUGCCCAUGCGUUUGUUGCUGGACAUUUGAUUGAAUGCUCGACUUACGUGACUGGAGGCAACUUUUCUGGAUUCAAGUCCUUGCCCGGUAACUCCGCCAACAUCGGUUACCCCAUCGCUGAGAUUACCCCCACCGGAGAAUUCUAUAUCAGCAAGCAAGGCCGAGACACUGGCGGUAUCGUGACUGUGGAAACUUGUACCGCACAGCUGCUGUACGAAAUCCAGGGACCCUACUACUACCACUCCGAUGUGGUCGCCGUCCUCGACACAAUCCAGAUGAAGCAGACAGAAACAAACCGAGUCUUUGUCUCUAACGUCGGCUUCCGCAAGCCUCCUCCCACCACCAAGGUUGGACUGACUGCGCUUGGUGGAUACCAAGCUGAGGCUCACUACUUCCUGUGCGGUCUCGAUAUCGAGGAGAAGGCUGCUUUUCUCGAAAUGCAAGUUCGUGCCAUCCUGGAUGAGUCCAAGUUCCACACCCUAAAGUUCUCUACCUCCGGUAGAUGUCCAGUGGACCCGAAGACACAAGAAAUGGCCACCGUCGAUUUCCGUGUUUUCGCCCAGUCUCGGGAUAAGUCAGCUCUGGAGACCGGCCGUUUCAUUCGCCCGAUUAUGGAUCUUGUCAUGCAGGGUUACCCAGGCGCCACAUUCCACAUGGACCCCCGACUGGGUCAGCCCAAGCCUUACUAUGAAUACUGGGUGACAUUACUGCCCCAGAACAUGGUGCAGCAUGUGACCUAUCUCCCGGCAGCAGGUGUUCAAGUUGAUAUUCCCGCUCCCACCGAUACAGAACUGUUUGUCCAGAACCAGCCCACCUAUGAAACCCGUGACCCUGUGGACCUGAGCGCUUUCGGCCCCACAACACGUGUUCCCAUUGGUUAUAUUGUGCAGGCCCGGUCUGGCGACAAGAGCUCCGACUCGAACGUUGGAUUCUUUGUCCGCCAUGCCGAUGAAUGGGAUUGGCUUCGGUCCAUCUUGACUGUGGACAAGAUCCAGGAAAUUCUGGCAGACGACCGCAAUGAAAAGGAGAUAUUCCGUUUCGAGCUCCCUCACAUUUUAGCUGUGCACUUCUUGUUGAAGGAUCAUUUGGAUCGUGGUGUGGGUGCUACGUCGACCUAUGAUUUCCUUGGUAAGAAUCUUGCGGAGUAUCUGCGCUGCAAGCUGGUUGAUGUGCCCGUGAAGUUCCUGGAGCGUGGUAAGAUCUAA